CGCACUGUGCACCGUGUAUUUACAAGAAAAUAUUUACAAGAUCAAUGAACGCAGUCAAUAAUUAAUUAAUUCGACACUUUGAUUUUCUUUAGGACGAUAUUUUCUUUGAAAAUUGUGACGAUCUAAUGCGCUUAACAUUUCUCUGAGAACGCACCCAGCGUAUUGGACCGUAGGACCAUAUACGCUAACCAUAUAUUGUAUAAUAUACUUUAUUUAUAUACGUACAUUCAUCCUAUCGUGGUGGGGGUUUUCUUGUAUCGGUUUCUCCCUUUACGUCACUCAGAUUUUAUUUAACAUUGUUACGCCACGAUGCAAAUACGCGGCUACGAAUCCGGCGGUUGUGUGUGUAUUAUUAUUAUUAUACUCUAAAUCUUUUUGCUAAAGUUUUAUAGAUUUUUCAUCUAUAAACGAUUAGCGAUUAUUCAUUUGCUGAUAACAAUUACUACGUAAUCUUUUAAACUAAUAUUCCGACGGAUGAAAAGAAAUAUAUAAGAAAUUCGCAAGGCCGUUGUUGCACGCUGUUUUGCUUUCGCCCGACCAAUCGACAGAGAGCAUUGAGCGAUGAAACAGUAAACGUCGAGCGUAGAGCCUCGUCGCAAAAUGUAAACACAUCAAGUUCCAAAUUCCAAAGUUCCGAAGCAAUCUUCAGAAGCAGGAACCUCCACGUGAGGAGACCCAAACAAUAGAUAUCAUGUAUAUGUAAGAACGAAGAAAACAUUUUCAUUAUAUAUUUGGACAAAUUUCGAAAAUAAUAUCUAGCCAAUGGCUGCUUGAAAUAGGUUAUAUUUAUUUGGUCGCUGCUCGGCGAUUGGUUAGCAUGGCAUUAGCACUGUGAUUCGGUCCGGUUACCGUCUAGAUAUGUCUAGACGUCGUUAAAUAAAGGAAAACUUUUUAUAUACCAGCCGAUCAUCAUCGGCUGUUCUCUUAUCUAGAGUUUUCGCACUUGAUCGUCCACAGUGACAGUUUAAUUCGAUAAUAUUAUUUUCCGUAGUUUAAUAUCGUAGAUUUUAGUCAUUCCUCGAUGCUGCUAUGGGAUUAAUUGAGAACUUAUUUUUAUAUAUUUUCUUAAUAGCCGCAUUCGCCGUCGUCGUGUUUUGUAUAAUAUUGCAUAUAACAACGCAACCUUAUCCAAAAUUAUGGCGAGACGAAAAGGAAAAGGUCUUUUUCGAUCACAAAAGGAAGGAGUAUCAAGAUUUUCCUUCGUUAUACGAUGACUGGAGCAUAAAUCUAAGUGUUAUUGUACCUGCUUACAACGAGGAGGAAAGACUGUCGCCGAUGUUAGACGAAUGUUUAAAAUAUUUGGAACAAUUAAAAAGAUCCGGCCAUAGUUACGAGGUAAUAAUAGUUAGCGACGGAAGUACAGACAGAACUGUAGAAGUUGCUCAAGGUUAUGCUUCGAAAUACGAUACUGUCAGAGUAUUGGCUCUUGUUAAAAAUAGGGCGCAAAAACGUCAUUUCAUUACUCAGGGUAUGCUGAGCUCAAGAGGUAGCGCGCUGUUGUUCGCAGAUGCCGACGGGGCUACUAAAUUCGCUGAUUUAGAAAAGUUAAACGGCAGUUUAAGGAACACAUUGGGACUUGAUUAUUUGUCUAAGCCAGAGGAGGUAGCAUUAUCGCAUGCCGUAAUUUGUGGAUCGAGAGCUCACUUAGAGAAGGAGGAAACCGCCAAACGGUCUUUCUUUCGACUAUUUCUGAUGCACGCAUUUCAUUUUUUAGUUUGGCUCUUGUGCGUAAGAGGUAUUAGAGAUACGCAAUGCGGUUUCAAAUUACUAACAAGAGAGUCUGCAAGAAGGAUUUUUCAAACUUUACACGUCGAACGUUGGGCAUUCGACGUCGAAAUGCUUUAUAUCGCAAAACAUUUUAAUAUCCCUGUGACCGAAGUGGCAGUAAAUUGGACAGAAAUAGAAGGAUCAAAGAUAGUACCAUUUUGGAGUUGGCUACAAAUGGGCAAAGAUUUAGUUUUAAUUUGGCUCAGGUAUAAAAUCGGUGCAUGGAAAAUCGACGACAUUAAGGAAAAUUAACGGGAAGCUGACUGAAGGAAUGCUUUGAGGUUAUGAGUGUCCCCUAAUAUUCAUGCGCAUGGAUUUUCAAUGGAAUAAUCUGCAACUGGAAACUUGUUAAUUCAUUGCGAUUUUUUACGAGAGAGUGUAUUAAUAAAUAAUUGUAAAAUUUA